AUGUCGAAUCAUCAGGAACCUUGGAACAACCAACAGCGACCACUUGGCCAGCCUUUCAAUCGUCAACAUCCCCCAGUAUUACCACCACCAGCAACGUUGGAGCAAGGCGGGCAAGCAUUUUAUCCCUUACCAAGUUUACCAAGUUUGGGCAAUGGCAGUGGCCACCAUCCACAUGGGUUCAACAUCCCAUCGAUCAAUCCUGCAAGUGAUCAGAUACAGAUGGGACAAUCACCAUCCGAUCAAUCAAGACAGACAGCAGAAUUGAGAAGACCUUCUAAUGUGGCAUUAAAUCCACCACAAACAACUAAUUCAACUCAUCUCCCACCACCCAGUUCUUUGGGACAUGUUGGCAAUGAACAAGGUGCAUAUCCCCCAACCAUUUCACAACCAGCUCCACAAGCAUCUCCUGUUAUUGGAGGGGUUCCUAAUCGGUCUACUACUACAAACGUGUACAGGCCAUUAAAUGUCAAGGACGCGUUAUCCUAUUUAGAUCAGGUCAAAGUACAAUUCAGCAACCAAGCUGAGGUAUAUAAUAACUUUCUUGAUAUUAUGAAAGAUUUCAAAUCACAAAGUAUUGAUACACCUGGAGUUAUUGAUCGUGUUUCGACACUAUUUAGAGGACAUCCAAAUUUAAUCCAAGGGUUUAACACUUUUUUACCACCAGGAUAUAAGAUUGAAUGUUCAUUGGACCCAUCAGAUCCUAAUCCAAUUCGUGUAACGACGCCCACUGGUACAACUACAAGACCUAACCUUUCAAGUGCUACAUAUAACCAACGAUGGGGUGGUGAAGAAAGCCUGACCAUUAAUCAACAGGAACAGUCGUCCCCACAGAGUCAACUGGCCCAACAGGCGCAACAGUUUGCUGACCAAGCUUCCAUGGAAGCACAAAAUGGUGCUAGUGGACAAGUUGGGUUCAAUCAUGCUAUAUCUUAUGUUAACAAAAUUAAAACUAGGUUUGCUAGUCAACCAGACAUUUACAAACAGUUUCUUGAAAUUUUACAAACGUAUCAAAGAGAACAAAAACAAAUUGCUGAAGUUUAUGAACAAGUUACUGUAUUAUUUGCUAACUCACCAGAUCUUUUGGAUGAUUUUAAACAGUUUUUGCCAGACACCAGCAAUCUAAAUUACCAACAGACACCAGCACAGGAUGGAUAUUAUGUUAACAAUGGAACACAGUUGCCGCCUGUUGGCAAUUUCCAACCUGCUGGACAAGCCACAAAUCAACAAUAUGCACAAUUACAGCAGACAGCUGCUCAACAACAAAACAAUUUCCAAGGUGCAGCCAGUCCCGAAUCUGUUUAUGGAGCUCCAUCUAAUGAACAAGUUGUGGGAAAGAAAAAGUCUGUUUCUGAACCCUAUCAAGAUAAUUACAACCAAGAAAGUCAGUACUCUAACAUGAGGACUGGUGCAGUACCACAAAGAGGGCAAAAGGUAUCAAAUAAAGCACAAGUCCCUGUACCUGUUACAACCAACCCUACAUUAGUGCCAGGUGUUCCAGAACCAGUACCUCCAUCAGGUACGGUUAAAAGCACUUCGUUUUCAGAAGAAAUUGGGUUUUUUGAUAAAGUUAAGAAGGCCAUUGGUAACAAACAAACAUACGGCGAUUUUUUGAAAUUGUUGAAUUUAUUCACUCAAGAUAUCAUUGACAAAGAUACUUUAGUUGAAAGAGUUCAAGGUUUCAUUGGAGACACAAAUGUUGAGUUAUUUAAUUGGUUUAAAAUGUUUGUUGGGUACGAGGAUAAACCUCAAAAUAUUGAAAACAUCACUUUCAAAAAACAUCAUCUUGAGCUUUCGUUAUGUAAGGCCUAUGGUCCUUCAUACAGACAAUUGCCAAAAGCAGAAACAUACAUGCCUUGUUCAGGUAGAGACGAGAUGUGUUGGGAAGUUUUGAAUGAUGAGUGGGUUGGCCAUCCUACGUGGGCAUCGGAAGAUUCAGGAUUCAUUGCCCAUCGUAAGAAUCAAUAUGAGGAAAUAUUAUUCAAGAUCGAAGAAGAAAGAUUAGAAUUCGACUAUUACAUGGAAUCCAAUUUGCGUACGAUUCAAAUUUUGGAAACUAUUGCCAAUAGAAUUGCCAAUAUGACGCCGGAACAAAAGGCAACUUUCAAAUUACCUCCCGGCUUGGGUCAUAACUCCAGUACAAUUUACAAAAAAAUCAUUAGAAAAAUCUAUGAUAAAGACCGUGGGUUUGAAGUCAUUGAUGCUUUACACGAGAACCCUUCAAUUGCUGUUCCAAUUGUGUUGAAAAGAUUAAAGCAAAAAGAUGAAGAAUGGAAACGUGCUCAAAGAGAAUGGAAUAAAGUAUGGAGAGAAAUGGAGCAAAAAGUGUUCUACAAGUCAUUGGAUCAUGUUGGGUUAACAUUUAAACAGGCCGACAAGAAAUUGUUGACUGUCAAGCAAUUGGUAAGUGAAAUCAGUACUGUCAAAGUAGAGCAACAAAACAAAAGAUUGCACCCGUUGACUCCUAAACCUCAAGAACAAUUAAAUUAUGAUUUCAAGGAUAAUGAAGUUUUAUUUGAUAUCUUGAAAUUGGCAGAAGUUUUCAUCAACAAAUCCUCCACUUACUCAGUACAUGACAGAGAAAAGUUGUUACAAUUUUUACAAUUUUUCAUGUCUUUGUUUUUCAGUAUACCGACAGAAACCAUUGAAACAGCAUUGGUGGCAAGAGGCAGAAUUGAAAAGUCGUCUGAAGAAGAAAACGAAAAAGGUGACGUUGAGAUGAGUGAAAAUGGAUCAGAUUCUUCCAAAAAGAGAUCAAGAGACACAGAUUUACUUAAAGAUGUCUUGAAGAAACAAUCCAAAUCUAAAAAGGAUGAUCGUUCAGGAUCACCAGGCUUGCAAUCUGCUGAGUUAGCUAUUCAAGAAGCCAAUGAAGAGCUUGAAAAAUCGAGUGAAUUAUGGAUCACAACUGCCAAUACCAAAUUUCUGUUGAACGAUGAAAACAUACAAACGAGACGGGACAAAUACAACUUGUUUUGUAACACAACUAUUUAUGUUUUCUUCCGUCACUUGCAAACUUUGUAUACCAGAUUAGCCGAAAUCAAAUCCAUGAAUGAAAAAGUUGGCAAGGAAAUUAGAAAUCGUAAAUUUCCUAAAUUUGCAAAAGAUUUGAAUUUGCUCCUGCACCAAUUGGAAGACAUGGGUGUUGAGAUUGUCGGAACCAAAGAUUGUUAUAAACAAGUGUUAGAAUUAUCAGAAAAGUUAAUUGAAGGAGAGAUUGAACAUCAAUGGUUUGAAGAAAGUUUACGUCAAGGUUACAGAAACAGAGCCUACAAGAUUUAUACUAUUGAUAAAGUUGUACAAGCUAUGAUAAAGCAUAUGCAUUCGAUGAUUACUGAUGCUAAAACCUCCGAAAUAAUGGUAUUAUUUGAGAAUGAUAGAUUGAAGCCUGUUUCAAGUGCCAAAGAACAAAUUUUGUAUCGUAUACUGGUAAGGUCGUUUAUGUCACCUGAAGAGAAUAUGUUUAAAAUAUCGUUCAAAGAAAGCGAUAGUAGUGUCAAUAUUCAAUUUAUCAGUCUAGAUGAUUUAACCAUUAAUGACCAUGAAAAUGUUGAAGAGAAAUACAAUUAUUAUGUUACCAGUUAUGUGAUGUCACAUCCUACAGAAGGCGUACCAGCUUCCAAAUUGAAUAUGCCAUUUGCAAGAUCAUUUAUCGAGUCAGUGGAUGAAGAGUCAGUAGAAGGACGUACUGGAUCUGGUCUUAAAGUAUCUGUCAGUGAAAACUCAUACAGUUUGUUUUUUGAAAGUGGUUCGCAUGAUGAAUUUGUUUCCAAAGCUGUUUAUAAAAAGCAAGACUCUAAUUCUAAAAGAGAAGAUAAAUUGGCUCAUCUUAAAGAUCUUAUAGACGGAGAAAAUGGUUGGAAGUCUAGUCUUCCAGAAGAUCAAAACCUUGAAGUAACUGAACAAAAAGUUGCUAUUUUAUUUGAUAAAGGAGGUGUUGAAUUUAAGAAAUUUGAGGAGGUGUUGAAUUCAUCUGAUAAACUGAAAGAAUCGGAGGCUAAUGAACCUACAAAGGGAGCCACGGAGAAUGUUGAAGUCAUUGAAAACAAUAAUGACAACAACACAGAACCAGACGCAAAAUCAGCAACUACUGAAAACAAACAAGAAGAUACUAUUGUUGAGGAAACAAAUGAUAGUACAAUUCAACAUGACGUUGAUGACACUACAGCUGAUGAAACUAAUAAUACAGAAGUCCUUGGAGAGAAUGACAAAGCCCAAUCUGAAACCAAGUCAUCUUAG